AUGGAAAAGGAUUUAUCUCAAGAGCAGAACCAAAGGGAGGUUGUGACAAAGUUACCAAAGUCAUUUUCGAAAAGCCCUGAAGAUAUCGACUUGUCACUACACAAACUACAAGGGAAGAUACAGAAAAGGUUAUUAAGGUCUUCUUCUGGAAUUCCAUUUGCCACAAGUGCAGCUCAGUGUUCAUCUUCAUCCUCACAGAUAAAGAGAAACACAAAGCUAACAUCCAAGGAUCAACAAAUGAACCGAUUGGUAUUUCAAGAAGGCGGAUUACCUGAUAGAACUGAACUAGUUUACAAGUCUCAUGGAAGGGAACUUUUAAAAGGUUACAAGUGGGCCCGUGGAAUAUUCUGUUUUUGCUGCAAUACUGUGGUUAGCCCCUCACAGUUUGAAGCUCAUGCUGGCCAGGCCUCUCGUAAAAAACCAUAUGGAAACAUCUUUCUUUCAAAUGAUGUGUCACUCCAUGAUUAUGCAUCUUCUUUAAAGCUAACUAUUGGACACCUGUCAAAGAAGAAUGAUGAACUUUGUGGAGUUUGUAAGAGAGAUGGAGACUUAGUGCUCUGUGAUGGAUGCCCUAGAUCAUUCCAUAAAGAAUGUGUAUCUGACACAAGUGCCCCUCAAGAAAAAUGGUUCUGCAAAUAUUGUAGAAACUCUAUGAAAUUGCAACAUUCAGAAUUUGAUCAAAUUGAAAAAAUUGCAAAACGUUGCAUUCAGAUUGAUAAAUGUGAUCUUGUUGCAUGUUGUAUUUGCAGAGGAUAUGAUUUCACCACUGAAGGCUUCGACGAUCGGACUGUUAUUGUUUGUGAUCAGGAGUUGCCAUCUGGCAAUUGGUUCUGCAGUGUAGACUGUGGAAUACUUAAUUUUAUUCUUGAGAGAUUGGUGGAAUGUGGGCCCGUGAAGGUCCCUCAUUCUCUUACGGGUUUAAUCAAGUCAACGGUCGGUGACGCAAAUGGAAUCGGAAUCACCAAUUCCGACAUGAAAUGGAUUGUUUUGCGUGGGAAAGGAGUUUCUGAUGAGAACAGAGUUUUGAUUUCACAAGCUGUUGAUAUUUUCCAUAACUGCUUCAAUCCUAUUGUUGAUUCAAUUACUGGAAGUGAUUUUAUUCCAUCCAUGGCAUAUGGGGAAACAAUGGGGGAUUCCGACUUCACAGGAGUUCAUUGUGCAAUGCUAAUAAUAGAGUCAAAGGUUAUUACAGCUGGAAUGUUUCGUGUAUUUGGGGCAGAUGUUGUAGAGCUUCCAAUAGUUGCUACUAGCGAAACCAACCAAGGAAAGGGGUACUUUCAACUUUUCUUCAACUGCUUUGAGAAGCUACUUGCAUAUCUCAAGGUUAAGAAGAUGGUUGUUCCAGCUGCUGAGGAUGUUGAGUCCAUGUGGAUUCAAAAAUUUGGUUUUCAAAAAGUAACCCCAACUCAGCUGAGGGAAUACAGACAAACAAUGACAUCAAUGGUCGCAUUUCAAGGAACAUGUUUGUUGGAAAAGGAGGUGGUGGGGCCUCAUGGUGGAGCGACUUUUCAAAAUGGUUUUUGUUUCCGUCUUUCUUCUGUGUAG